AUGGUUGCUUCAACUAGGUUUGCUAUCACUUUGGGCAUUAUAUAUUUGCUCCAAUUCCUUACAGGUUCGGAUUCAGUGACGUUCGAAGUGGAGAACAAGUGCAGCUACCCAGUUUGGCCAGGCAUUUUAUCGGGGAUCGGAACCUUGCCGGUCUCCACCACCGGCUUCACGCUGCAACGUGGCGAGUCCAAAAUCAUUCCCGUGCCACCUGGCUGGUCCGGUCGCAUAUGGGGUAGGACACUCUGCUCUCAUGAUUCCACUGGGAAGUUCUCCUGCAUCACCGGCGACUGCGGUUCCUCCACCAUAGAAUGCAGCGGCGGCAAAGCCGCCCCGCCUGUUACUUUGGUGGAGUUUAAUCUUAACGGAACCGGCGGCGGCGGUCUCGAUUUCUUCGACGCCAGCCUCGUGGAGGGUUUUAACCUCCCAGUGAAGGUCGAACCUCGGGGCGGAACCGCAACCGGAUCCAGAGGCGGAAAGUGCAGGUGGACAGGUUGCAAGGUGAACUUAAAAGCGUGUCCAACUGACUUGAAAGUGAUGAGAGGCGGUGAGUGCGUGGCUUGCAAAAGUGAGUGCCAAUCAUUCGGGAAUUCCAAGUUUUGCUGCGAAACACCUGAGAAAUGCAAGUCCAGCUCGUAUUCAGAGUUCUUCAAGAGUCGAUGUCCUCGUGCAAUCGUUUAUGCUUGUGACCGUGCCUCCUCCAACUUCAACUGUGCCUUUGCUGAUUAUUAUACCAUCACUUUCUGCCCCACAAGUUCAAUCGAGCUAGGAAAUGAGAACUACCCAGCGGCAUCGGGGGUGGAAAACUCGGGAAGUAAUGAUGGCGGCUCAGCCAAUAUCCUCACAGUGUUUUAUAAGUUCAUUCGUUCUGCCCUAGUAUCAAUAUCAAUCACAUUCACAUUCACAUUCACAGUAAUGUGUGGAUGCAUUAAACGCAGAUCCAGCGACGUCUCCGCCGAAGCGCAACCAAGCAGCGUCCCCGCCGAAGCGGUAACAGUCAGCGUCCCCGCCGAAGCGGUAACAGCAGCGUCCCCCGCACUUUCUGAAGACUGA